GUGACAGGGCGGGAGAAUAGAUAAACAAUCACAAAAAAUAAAUCACAUGGUGAUGGUGAUUCCUAGAAAAUUAUUUAUAUAUUAAUUAAUUAAUUUGUUAUAAUUUUAACGUUAGAAAUGGCUUCUGAGCCUUGUCAAGUGUGUGGUUGUACAGAAUUAAAAUUAAUUGAUGGAUUCUAUUACUGUGUGGAGUGCGAUACACAAAAUACAAAUGUUAGAGAAACUGUGAUUGAUCAUAAAUCUUUGGGAGAUGGCACAUUCGCACUAUCAACGCGAAGAAAGGUUAAAAUACAAGACACUAAGAUUGAAAUGAGUCCAGAAUGGUACAAAUGGCAUGCAUAUAACUUCAUAAUACUGGGGCUGGCCGACGAGCUGGUGGCAGCCGGAGCUAACCCUUCAUUCAAAUUAAAGCUGCUCUGGAUCUGGACGAGAUAUGUUAAGAAAUAUCAGAAUAAAGAUGAUCUAGGAUUAGCAAAAACAUCACAGGAAGGAAAUGAUCACAUAACAUUCGCAAGUAUUAUGGUAGAAGAGAAUAGUAACAACACAGUCAAUGAAGAUGAUGAUGAAGGAGAAAUCGAAGAAAAUGAUGAAGAUAAACCAGUGAAACCAAAAGGCUUAAAUAAUAUCAUAGACGGAUCUCGGAGAGAUAUCAAAUUCUUGUCAAAAGGAGUCAUUCUAGCCAUGCUAUACUUAGCACUAAACCUAGACGAGAGUGACAUACAACUGUCUCAUUUGUACAGGUUCCUCAAAGAAAAACAUUUAAAUUUCUCCAACAUACAAAGGUUUGUGCCCGACGAUAUUCAUGUGAAAACCUUGGAUAAAAUCUGGACUAACUUUAUACAUAGUAAAAUUGUUAAUGUCCAUUUCUUACGCGCAUUAACUAUGUCUUUACUUCGGAAACUAGAUCUUGGAACACCAAAAGUUCCCAAUCUGAGAAAGAUGAUUGACAAUAUCAUACUGGAACUGUGCCUCCCAAAUGAUAUAAAGCCGUUGGUAUACUCCUUGAUGCAUCUAUAUCGAUGUGACUUCCUUGAUGUCAGUGAUAAGUCUAAAGAACGCCUCUGUACUGUGCCGGAUUAUGAAGGUGUGGUGAUGUCCUAUGUCCUAGUUGCAAUAAAACUGUGCUUUGGCCUAGAUGGGGAGUAUGAGGAAAGACUAUCAGAUGCAGUUGAUAAGAUAAAUGUAGACAGAGAUCUACAAAGGUCGCAUAGAAACGGUAAAUAUACUGAACCAAGUUCAAGAUUAUUUUCGUUUAGAGAAUGGUGUAAUUAUUUACAAUUUAGGAAGAUUACUCUUAGCAAGUGUUGUCUGUACAUGGCUGAGCAGUAUUGUUUAGACAUAGAUGACCAAGUCUACAUUGAACACACAAAUGAUAGACCACAAAAAGCCAAAGAUUUACAAGACGAAACCGCAAUGGAUUUGAUUAAUAAAAUACCUGAAAGUAACGAAGGUAGAGUUAUUCCAAAACACCACUUUUCACCAACACUAACUCCUACUUAUGACUAUACAGAUAUUGUAGUAGAACAUAGUCAGGAUCCUGAGUUGAGGUAUCUUCUCAGUGAAGAUUUUACUCAAUAUUCUCUCAAAUAUGCCUGUGAACAUUUGGAACUGUUAGAUGAAAACGCAGAAAACAUCAUCAAAGGUGUCAGUGAAAAUAGAAAGGUAACAACUAAUAAUCUUAUUAUGGGUACAAUAGUUAUGAAAAAAAGUAAAACUAAAAUGGUUUAUGUGAAAAAUUGUGAAAAUAAAAACUGGAUGAAAACAAAACCUCCAACAAUAAAACAUGUGGAGAGUGAAGAGACAGGGAAUGAAGAUGUACAAAACUCUAGUACAGACAAAGAGAGUGAUCAUGGUUAUGACUCAGAAAACCCUACAAAUGAUAAAGAUAUCGCCAAUGAAACUGAAAAUGGAGCCGAUAUCACAGAUGUAAGUAUGAUAGAAAAAGAAAAGGAACAAGAUACCAGAGAAUUCAUAAUAACAGAAGAAGAGAAUGAAAAAAAUAUAUUCGAUGAUUCGUUUGAAGAACUUGAUUUAAAGGAUGAAAUGGAACAAGCUAAUGAUGAAGAUCCAGAUCUACCUUACGAUGAGCUACCGGCACCACAUAACGAAUCAUUCAACGAUGAUCGCGCCAGUAUCACUGACAUGUCUGAUAAUGAAAACAUCAUACCAGUAUUUAACCCCGAAACUUUUGAUAGAGAUCAAACAAUUAAAGAACUAGUCUUGAUGGCUUGUAGAAAAUAUAAGAUCCCUGUUCCCAGUGAGUAUAGAAAUAGGGAACCUAGAAAAAGGAAGGCUGAUGUGAUGCGCGAUGAAGAUAUAAACAGAGAACCAAGAAAACGGACUAGAACAAGUGCUGCGGAAAAUAAACAGAAAAUCUCAGAACUUGUCACAGGAUACUACGAACAUCAGCGAUUCGAUUUAUUCAAUAAAUUAAAAAACGAAGUUAACAUGGUUAUUCGGAACAGUUCCAUUAUUGGUGCAUUAGAGCCAAUACCAAACGAAACCGCCAAUAUCACGAAUGCAAAUGUAACUCAACCUGAGUUACUAAACACGACAAAUGUAGAUGUUGCUACAUUAUCUGCAAGAACAUCUAUGAUGACUGAGAAUUUAGAAAACCAAUCAGCUAUGAAUCCUCAGACUAGUGUACUACAAACAGAAGGUGACAAAGAACAGAAUGCGGAUAAAACUAAUGAAAUAGAAGAGGUAAUAGACGAACAGACGGAAAAGAAACUAUUCGAAGACGAAGAAGAAAUGAACAUAAAUGAGUUAAUACCAAAAGUCGAUCCAAAAUUUGACGACCAAAAAUACGAUACAGAACAACUUUAUCUCAAAAUGAAGAUGGAAGAAGAAAUAGAAGAAGAUUUUGACAUGACCAGCCUUUUACAAGAUCCCAAAGUUGAUGAGAUACUAAAUAAAAAGCUAGAAGAAGGUAAAACUGGUUUCUUUUCGGUCGCAAAACCUGAAAAUAUCAAGACUAUUAAAACAAAAUAUGAAAGUGAUUCCGAUGACGAAGUGCCAUUGAAGGCGUUACAAGAAGAAAAGAAAAUGAUAGAAGCUAGGAUUGCUUGGGAAGAAGAAUUCGAACCUUUAAUAAAUAAAGAGAACUUCACGGAAUACAAAUAUUGGUUUAGGCAUUAUGACACCGAGUUUAUGGCGCGAUCUAAAGACUGGCAUAAGAAGUUUGAUGAAGAGUUGAAAGAGAAUACGCCAAGCAGUUUCUAUUUUGUUAUAAAAGAAUGUGCUACGGUUAUAAAUUCGACUCCGUUCAAUCUAUAUAGGCACAUGCAGAAUCUGGAAAAGUUUAUUAGUGCUAGAGCGAAAUACCUAGAUUAGAAUUAAUUUAAUGACUUGGAAUAAGUUAACAUUAAUGCCCUUUUCGACUAGAAAUCGAGAAUGAAAGGCUCGAAAGUGUUGUCAUGAAAACUGGUUGCAGUUUUAGGAUAUAUCAGUCCAAAGGCAUUAUACAUAAUAAAUUACGAUUGUAAAAUUGUACUCUAUGCGUAUUGAAUUUUGAAUAAGUGUUAUGUUUAAUCUAGAUAAUGGAAAAGUUAAUAUUUUUUACUGUUUAUUCAGGUAUUAUCUAGUUUUUGUGAAACAACCUGUGAUUUCGUUAUGUGAUAAGAUUUUAAAAUGUGAUGACACCGAUGUCGAUGCGUACAUUAGUUACAGAGGCCUUAGUACGAGUUUGUUUUACGUUUAACGAGAUCGAAACGAGACCGCUUUCGGCGCUCUGAUUGGUUGGUUCAUUUGCGCCGGCCAGAUCGUUAUUGUAUGGUUUGGUUGUGACUCCUCUGGUUAUCGGUGUCCAUGUCCAUGAACAAAUAGAACCUUACUGUACGCUACAUAAGCGCCAUCUACUGAGUGAGUUGUAAAUGUGCUCGGUAAUGUGUUAGUAAGUCUCGCCGCCUAUUAGAAUGGGACUAACUAAUAAAUUAAAGAUACUAGUUAACUAAUAAUUGUACUAUGUAUUUAUUUUGUUAGUAUGUAUGUCAUGUAAUGAUACCGACUUUAUUGAAUGAUAAAUCUGAAAUGUAAUCUCAGAGUGAUUCUAGUUAAGUUACAUUGUUGUUUUUAUUAUUUAUUAAAUUGAAUCUACUUAAUUAAGUAGGAAUAAGGAAUAUUAUUGUUAAGUUCAAUUAGGAAAUAAUUGUGGAGUGCACAAGUGUUAAGUUUUUGUCAAUGCAAUUUUUUAAUAAAUAAAAACAUUCGCAAAUU